AUAUACCAGAAAAACACAUUUCUUCCCAGUUUGUUUUCUCUGUGUUUUCCCUCUUCUCACAACACCACCACAAGAUGCACUUCACCAUGUCUCUCCCAAAACCACCUUCUGAAAUCUCCUUUCGCUCCGCUUUUGCUCCUCGCUUUGCCAACCACUCUCUUCCCAGGUUGAGUAUGCCGGAGAAGGCGAUGCCGAAGGAGGCGGCGUACCGGAACAUUCACGACGAGCUGAAGCUGGACGCGGAUCCCAAGCUGAACUUGGCAUCCUUCGUGAACACUUCCAUGGAGGAAGAAUGCAACAAGCUCGUCAUGGAAUCCAUUAACAAGAACUACGUUAACAUGGACGAGUACCCAAUGACCACCGACCUUCACAAUCGAUGCGUGAACAUGCUGGCAAGAUUGUUCAAUGCUCCGAUGGAAGAAAGUGAAAGUGAGAGCGGCGUGGGAGUGGGAACGGUUGGAUCCUCGGAAGCCAUAAUGCUGGCGGGGCUGGCCUUCAAGAAGAGAUGGCAGAACAUGAGGAAGGCUCAAGGCAAGCCUUUCGACAGGCCUAACAUUGUCACAGGCUCUAACGUUCAGGUGUGUUGGAAGAAAUUUGCGAUGUACUUCGAGGUGGAAUUGAAGGAAGUGAAGAUGUCGGAAGGGUGCUACGUGAUGGACCCAGCAAGAGCGGUGGAGAUGGUGGACGAAAACACAAUCUGUGUUGCAGCAAUACUGGGUUCUACUUACAAUGGCGAAUUCGAAGACGUCAAGCUCUUGAACGACCUCCUCCUCCGAAAGAACAAACAAACUGGAUGGGAGACGUCGAUUCAUGUGGACGCGGCAAGUGGAGGUUUUAUUGCUCCAUUUUUGUACCCAGAGCUAGAGUGGGAUUUCAGGCUGCCAUUGGUGAAGAGUAUAAAUGUGAGUGGGCACAAGUACGGACUGGUUUAUGCAGGCAUUGGCUGGGUGCUUUGGAGGACCAAAGAAGACUUGCCUCAAGAGCUCAUCUUCCACAUCAAUUACCUCGGAGCUGAUCAGCCCACCUUCACCCUCAAUUUCUCCAAAGGUUCUAGCCAGAUUAUCGCCCAGUAUUAUCAGCUGAUUCGCUUGGGCAAAGAGGGCUACCGUAAUGUGAUGGAGAACUGUAGAGAAAAUGCGAUGGUUGUAAAGGAAGGGAUAGUGAACACUGGAUGCUUCAACAUAGUUUCCAAGGACGAGGGCGUUCCCGUGGUGGCGUUCUCGCUCAAGGACAGAAGCCGGCACGACGAGUUCAAGAUCUCGGCCAUGCUCCGCCGGCACGGGUGGGUCGUGCCGGCGUAUCCGAUGCCGCCGGGCGCUGAACACAUUAUAGUGCUGCGUGUAGUGAUAAGGGCCGAUUUCUGUCGCCAAAUGGCCGAACGCCUUGUGAUGGACAUAACAAAUGCGUUGCACGAACUUGAAAUGCUUCCUCAAUACAACUCCAAUAAGAGUGAUCAAGCUAUUAAUACUUCUGGCAGCAUUAAUAUGAAGGAUGAUCAGAAUAAUAGGAAUGUCGAAGGAGUGAAGUGGAUUGCGUUGGAUGUUCAAAGACAUAUCAUUGCUCAAGAAGCAAUAAACAAGCGCCAAAAAAUCUUGGCUGCCUAACUAGUUGCUUAUUUGAGAAUUUUAAUUUGCAAGCAUAAACUUGACUAUAGAUUAACUAAUUAACUAACUAGCUUUUGUACUAAUUGUUCGAUCAUUAGUUUGUUUUUUUAUUGUUUUCUUCACAGUUUUUGUUGUAUAUUGUGGUACAAAAUUUGAUAUUAUCAAUUGUAAUUAUACCUCAUAUCCCAUACAUCAUAGAUAUUCAUUAAGAAUAGGAUAUUUGC